GUUUGAUUUAUUUUUUUUUUUUAUUUGUAAACAGGUGAAAAAAUUGAGUUCAAGUAAAUAUUUAUUUGAUUAUUGAAAUUUAAAAUAAAGAGUCGUUAAUGAAUUGAAUUAAAACAAGAAUGAUAAUUUUAUAUAUUUAUGGACAUAUGGAAGAUUUAUGCUGUUAACUUUUUAAUAGAAGAUCUGAAGUUUUUAAAACAAUGAAUAAUAAUUUGAAUUAUUUAAAUAAACGUCAAGCAAUUUUGAAAGCUGGUACUGAUGUUGAAGAAGCUUUGAAAAUUAUUUCGGAUACAUUUAAAGGUUUUCAAGAUGAUUAUUUGUCCCUACUAGAAGAUCAUCAACAAAUGAAAUUAACUUUACAAAAAUUUCAAGAAGAUAAAAAAAAUAUUUGUGGAUAUGACAAUAAAAAAUCUGAUACUUCAGUUAAUUUACUAAAUAACAAUAAUCAUAAAUCAUUUAUAAAUGAUUUCACUAUCGAAUCAGAUUCACCAGGAGUUGUCGAAAAUACUCAGUUAGAAUGUCGCUCUAAAGUAAAAUUAAAACUUUUAGAUAAAAAAAAAUUAAAUGGUAAAGUAAAAAGUCCAGCUAAAAUUAAGAGUCCUGUUAAAAGUAAUAAAAGUCCUAGUAAAAGUGGAGUCAAGGAAAAUAGAAUACCAGAGUUGAGUAUAAAUCGUAUUACUUCUGUACAACAAAAAUUAUCGGACUCGAAAGUUGGGAAACUAGGACUUAGUAAGACUGAUGUGCAAAUAAGUUUGACACCUUCUGGAAAAAUUUCACGUCAAAGUAAGUUGGUGUUGACGCAACCUAAACGUAAAUUAUUAUUGACUAAUCCAGAUGAAUCUCAUAAUAAUGAUAAUCAUAAUAAUGGCAGUACUAAUUAUAGUAAAUCAAUAAUAAAUCCAGAUGAUUUAAAUUUUGAUACAACGCUGUUUGAAAUUCCUUUCACGCAAGAAAAAACUCCUGAAAAAAAAUCAUUGGAGCAUCGAGAAGAAGAAAAAGUAGUAGCAAAAAAUUACAAUCCUUUUAAAAAUCAAUCUACUCCUAAAAUAAAUAAUGCGAGUGAUAGAAAUAAAACCGCCCGAGUGAAUGAGUCUCAGUCGCUCAUCAGGUCGGUUAAUAAAAAACCAGUGGAGAGAAAAUCUCAGAGUGAAAUCGCGACUUGCAUCACUCAGGAGUUGAACCAGACUGAUAAUAUAAAUGAAUCGGAUUUUUUUUCUCUUGAUAAUAACGUUGACUUUGAGUCUCAGGACUUGGACUCCCUUACUUUGUCACCUGAUGAAACUUAUUGCGAUGACGCAGAGUCUAUUUUGAAAAGAAAAAAGGCUGUUAGUGACAAUAGAGAUAAUGAUGCGGGUACUAGUGGAAUUAAAAGAAAGUUUGAGGCCAUCGCUGGUCCGUCAAAUGUUGAUAAUAAAAUUAAUAAUAAUAAUAAUAAUAAUAAUAAUAAUAAUAAUAGUAAUAAAUUAACGCCAGAUGAGUUGAAAGAAUUGGAAGUCGUUAAUAUCAGCGACUGGGACACUGAUACUUCAAGUGAUAAAUGGCCAAGUACUCCACUGAAAAAACGUGUUCCUGUUGAUAGUUUUAAUCGAAUACCAGAGAAGAAAAAAACCAGUCCACAAAAUGCUUACAAAGGUGACGUAGUUCGUAAGAAAGACGAGAGAGCUAAAUUACGUGGCUGGGAUUGUUCUGAUUGCGAAAAGUAUUACAAUAUUAUAGGAUUGAGUGAAAAAGAAAAAAGAGAACGUAAAAAUCAAUGCUCACGUCACAGAUCAAAAUUUAAUGAACGAUAUUAUACACCACCUGGUUUUUGGGAUCCAGUCUUCCCCGACACCAUCGACUCGAGUCAAGAAAACAAUUGAUUAUUAUUUAUUUUAAUUAUUUAAAUUGUUGUAAAUAUUUAAUUGUAAAAAAUUAAAAUUAUUUUUUGAUAAAUAAAUGAUUAUAUUAGGGUUGCCCAAAAAAACUGACUAUUUUUUUUUCGAGUCUCUUAUGAAAAUUUGUUGGUUUACGAUGUUUUAAGAAACCUCUCUAAAAAACAGCUUGAUAGAAAAUUUUCAAGAGGCCGCUCACGAAUUUUGAAAAUAUAAAAAAUGAUCGAAAUAAACCUCGCUCAAGAGUUUUAUAUGUUUCCAAGUGCUGUCUUUUGAACGCUUUCAAGCAACCUUUGAAUAUUAAUAAUAAAGCUUCUCGAUUUUUUCACCAUCAAUUUGCAUCACAAUGAAUGAAAAUAUAACCCGAGAAAUAUAAAUAAUAAGUUAUUUGCAUACUUUUUUAUUUUUUAAUUCAAUUUUUAGGUUUUUUCGCUUAUUCAAAACUUACCAAAUUUUAUUAUUUGAGACUGUCCUGUAUAUUUUCGGUUAUACAAAAGUUAUAUUUUAGUGAAGUGAGUAUAAUUGAGUUAUAACAAAAUAUAUAAACUAAUUCAAAGUAUUAGUUACAUAUUAUCAGUUAAUAUUCCAAAUUCUUGAGCGCCGUUUAAAUAUUUAAAUUUUGGACUGAAAUUUUCAGCAUAGGCAUGAUUUUAUAAAUAUAAACUAUUGCUGCCACGCCAAAGAAAAAAUGUAGAAGUAAAAAAUCCGAAUUUCAAUCAUUUUUGAUAUUUUCAAAAUUCGUGAGCGACUUCUUGAAAAUUUUUUAUCGAGCUGAUUUCUGAAGAGGCUUCUU